UAACGCAACCUAGUUCUGCUCUUUGAACGAUAUGCUAAUUCAUGCAUAUUGUCCAAAAUGUACUGGCUCCUACAACAUGCCUGGUACUGGGCCCAGCCCUGGUGACAUAGCCAUGGGCAAGACAGACGUGCUUCACACCCUCAGGUUAACUGUAAUGGCAGUCAUUGAGGCCAGCGUUGAGUAUGUGUCCCUGGUGGUGAAUGUAGCCAGCGAGUGUGGCUUCACAGACCAGCACUACCGAGCCCUGCAGCAGCUGCAGCGGGACCUGGGUCCCCACCACUUCAACGUGCUCGCCUUCCCCUGCAACCAGUUCGGCCAACAGGAGCCCGACAGCAACAAGGAGAUCGAGAACUUUGCCCGCCGCACCUACAGUGUCUCUUUCCCCAUGUUUAGCAAGGUUGCAGUCACUGGCACUGGUGCCCACCCUGCCUAUAAGUACCUGACCGAGACUUCUGGGAAGGAGCCCACCUGGAACUUCUGGAAGUAUUUAGUGGCCCCAGAUGGAAAGGUGGUAGGGGCUUGGGACCCGACUGUGUCAGUGGAGGAGAUCAAACCCCAUAUCAAAGCACUUGUGAGGAAGCUCAUCCUGCAGAAGCGAGAAGACUUAUAAGCACUUUCUCUCUUUCCUCGCCAUCCCCAUCCCAUCCACCUGUGCAUGGGUGACCAAUGCAAACAAAAAUGGUGCUUCAGAGGGAGAGACCCACUGACUCUCCUUCCUUCACUCCUAUCCCACCCACCCCAUCACUCUUACAGAAGAGAGUCUAGUCUUGAUUAUUUGACUCAGAGAAAUUAGUAGGCUCUCUUGGCUAGUGAAAGUUCUUGACCAGUGAAUCAACCAACAAGAACCUCCAGCCAGAGAAAACGUGGCAAACAGAAUAUCAAAAUCUCUGUAAAAUGGGGCCAAUUCCUACCUCACAGGGCUGUUGUGAGGAUUAGCAUGAAAAACCUGUGAAAGUACCUAGGACAGGGAAUUCAAUAAAUGUUUUUUCCAUAUAAACCAAAAAACAACUUGUGAUCAAUU